AUGUCGAGCGCCACCUCCCCCUCGUCGUCCCCCUCGUCGACAGCACCGCCGCACAAGCACAAGAAGCGUACACCCGUGCAGAUCUCGAAGAGUGUCUACAGGCUUGUUCUCUCUCCCUUCUCCUUCAACUCCAUCUCAUCUUCUCGUCAGAUCCUCGGCCCUCUCACUGACCCGCUCCCACCAACCCUCCCCCCAUCGCCCCCCUCCUCUCGCAGUGCUUCUCCAGCACCGCUCCAAGGAUCUAAGCGCAAGCUCGAGUCAUCUUCAGAACAAUUGCCGAACAAGAAACCUCGCACAAGCAUUGCGGGCGACCAGGCUACAACCAGCCGCCUGCCCCCGGUCCCGUCGUUCCCACAGACCCGACCAUCAUCCCGAGUCGAUUUUGCCAUUCGCGAGCCAUCAGAAGAUGGCGAGCUCAGCGAGGAUCCCUUCAGGAGCUCCAUUGCCACGAUGUCCAGCAUUCCAGUCCGCCGUCCCCGCCGUGGAUCACGGCUUCCAGCCAACCAUUACGAUGAGCUCUACGACAAGUAUUUCCGCGUCGGCCGCUUGCUCAAGCACUCGGGGCAGGAGCGCAUGCUCUCGAUGCACCCUCCAAGCCAUAAACAUUACAAGCCUCUUCAGAAUCCUCCUGCACCAGGCACCCCGUACCACAAGUACGGUCAUCUCAUCGCACGGCUCGAGGCGCUAGACGCCCUUCUGUGCUUCACCUACGCAUUCUGGGCUAGAGAUUAUGGCAAGCGGACGUGCUCCAAUCCGAAUUGGAGGUCGGCAGAAAGCUACCUUGCCCACUGCAAGGGCGUUGUCUGGCGCUUGGAAGAUAUCGACACCGAUCAGGAGAAGGCGUUUCACGGCCUAAUCCUGAUGAUCGAGGGUUUCAUCCACGCACGCAUUGUCCGCUUCGCGGUGGGCGCCCUGCAAAAGGAGGACGAACGCUUGAUCAUGCGCAUCUGGUUCGAGGCGGACGCGGCGGCAGAGCGAGAAAAAUUGGCGAACUUGAAGGCUCAACAGGCUGCCCCUACUUCAAUGCUCCCAUCGCCGGCAAGUAGUGCGGGCUCGACACCAAGCAGUGUCCAGGGUACACCCAACCCUUCCACUGGGACACCCUCACAUGGAACCUCGCAGCCCAGCGCGUCUGCUCACUCACGUCCUCAGCCACAGCAGGAACGACAUGCCGAGCAGCUCCCGCCCCCGCAGUUCACCGUUGCGGUGAAUGCAAACGUCAUCGCAGCGCGCAGGUCACAGAGCAUGAGAGUCAACGCGUCUGCAUACUUGAUGGACAACGCUCAAAAGUACGUGACGCUCCCGAUCAUGGCGAAGCACUUCCCGCGGACGUUCACUCGCAUGGUUCACUCGAGACUGACGAUCCACGACGAGCAUGAACCGGAGAUCGAGGACGAGGAGGGCGAGCUCUUCUGGCCUGGACAAUGCAUUACUGGCGAGGGUAUUGGCUGGGUCUGCCUCAUGGGCAAGGCUAUGAUCAAGGAGUUCGGUAAGACUUAUGGGUACAAGGGCCUCGACGGCGCUAUUGCGAAGGAGGACGAAGGGUCAUCACCCGCGGCCGCCCCAGCGCUGUCACCCGAUGUCGCCAGCCUCCACCGUUAG